AUGGACGAAGAAGACAAUGAUGGAGGCUUCAUUGAGGAGGAGGAGGACCUGUAUGAUGUUGGGAUUCUCAAGCAGCUCCAGCAUGACAUUACUUUCCAAAUGAAGGUCCUGACCUACAAGAAUUCCAAGUUCAUGGACGAACACCGCUUCCACUUGCGGCAGCUGGAAAAAAUCAAACGUCGGACUACAGACCUGUUGGAGAGAAUUGCUAAGAAGAAACCCGAAGAAGAGAUUUCCCCAGCCUUUCAGGAUAUGCUGGAGUUGGGAGUGUUGGAGGCCAUGAAGGCGUUGGAGGAGGCCCGCCAGGAUGAUUAG